AUGUUAAGAACACAGCAGAAAUACGCCGUUGCUGCGGCCCUCGUUGCAACUCUCCUAGGACUGGUUUUGUCGUUCUGGGACUCGUUCUGGGACAACCCCAUCGGGCUCAAUCACCACUUUACUAGGCUCGUUGACUGGAAUCUCCGCCGAGAUGAAGUCAAGAGAGUUUUCGUCGCGAGCUUAGAACCAUACCGCAAACACGCUUGGGGCAACGACCGGUACCACCCCAUAACGCAACAGGGCUCGCAGAUGAGUCCAACAGGUCUCGGAUGGAUCAUCGUGGACAGCCUUGACACCAUGAUGAUAAUGAAUUUGACGACGGACCUGGCUGAGGCCCGGAAAUGGCUCCAGAGGAGUCUGUCCUACGAUCAAGACCAGGACGUCAAUACGUUCGAGACAACCAUCCGAAUGCUUGGGGGCCUCCUAUCCGCUCACUAUCUUACGACCCGACUUCCCCAUGUCACUUCUCGGAGGGAUUUCAAAUAUCUGACGCUGGCCGUGGACUUGGCAGACAGGCUGCUCGCAGCUUAUGACUCCCCGUCGGGGAUUCCCUAUGCCAGCGUGAAUCUUGGAAAGAGAAUCGGGAUUGUGUCGCAUGAUAACGGCGGUGCAUCUUCUACGGCGGAAGCAGCUACUGUACAGCUCGAGAUGAAGUAUCUCUCUGACCUGACCGGCAAUGACACUUACUGGCGGGUGGCUGAGAGAGUGAUCAAGGUCCUCGAUGAUAAUGCUAUGGAAGGCGGCCUCCUGCCCAUCUUUGUGCAUCCUGCAACGGGCAGGUUCACCACGCGAGAGAUCCGCCUGGGCAGCCGCGGAGAUUCGUACUACGGUCAGAUACAGCCUAAAGCUUAA